AUGAAAAUUUCUGGUCGUGAUAAAGAUCGUGAUAAAGGUCGUGAUAAAGGUUGUGAUAAAGAUUGUGGUGUUGAUUUAAUAUCGAAUUCUGAUAAUGUUUGUGAAAAAGGUUGUGAUAAAGGUUGUGGUGUUAAUUUAAUAUCGGAUCCUGAUAAAGGUUGUGGUCCUGAUAAAGCUGAUAAAGGUCGUGGUAUUGAUGUAUUAUUAG